AUGGAAAAUUUACUUUUAGAUGACAAUAGCAGUGAUCGAAGCGACGGUACACCACCAUUGAACAAUCGUACGUCUCCAGAUCGGGAUGAUGAGCUUUUGGAUACCGAAGAGAGUGGCGGAUAUAAAGAAAUACAGUUAGAUGACGUCGAUGAUCCAUCUGUUACAGAAGAUAACUGGGCAGUCGAUGUACACGUCGACGAAAUUAAUAUUUCCGAAGACUUUCAACGAUCUGGAUAUGAUCUGUCAGCUGACACUUGGAAUAAACUAUCUACCGUUCAGUCAGUUCUGGAAAUCUUCGUCGCAGCUACAACAACUAUGUCCGCUUCAUCCUAUCCAACAGUCGUAAUCGGAUUGUUUUUUAUUCGUCGUAUUAAAGCACAUUUGGAACCUUCUACAGAUACGCCGAUGAUUAAAAGUUUAAAACAACAAUUACUCAGUCAAAUGACUUAUUAUUUCGAAAGUGAUCCGGAACAAUUUGAUGCGCUUAAACUAAGAGCAUGA